AUGGAGUUAUGCGAUGCUGAAUUUUUCCUUGAGAACGGAUUUGAUUAUGUUAGUACCAUUGGCCGUGGGACAUAUGGUCUGAUAUAUCAAGUUUAUGACCAUCAAUACUCACAAAACUUCGCAUUAAAACGAGUUUUAGAAACAGAUUUCAAUGAAAACGAAGUUAAGUGCAUGAUUGAAAUACGAAGCAAUAAUAUUGUUCCGCUUUAUAAGUACUAUCGAUUUAAACAGUUUGUCUACCUGUUAAUGGAAUACUGCCCCUUAAAUAUUGAAAGAUCAAUAGUUCAUUCUUCAAAGAUCAAUCUUGAUAAACAAUACGAUAUAGCACUUGGAAUUUCUGAAGCUGUUUACAGCUGCCAUAAAUAUUGCAUUGCUCAUGGAGAUAUAAAACCUUCAAACUUUUUACUCGACAAAUACGGACGAAUUAAAAUAUGUGAUUUUGGAUUGUCCAAGAAAACAUCUCCUGAACAAAACUGCACGACAUAUAACGGAACCUUAUUGUACGCAGCGCCGGAAGUAAUAAGCUGUCAGCCAUAUGAUGCAUUUGCUGCAGAUAUAUGGGCAAUGGGUGUUACCAUAUUUUAUGUUUUUACCGGGAAACACCCUUUUCCUGACAACGAUCGCCAAACCAUGAUACACUUAAUCAUGAAUUCUAUCUACGAUGAUUCCCAUAUCAGCGACGUGUUUAUUAAGCAAAUAAUACAGAGGUGUUUACAGGUUGAUCCAUCUCUGCGACCUUCAGCUGAAGUCGUUGCGAAAACGAUCAGAUCUCAAAUAAAAAACUCGAGUAGAAAGAAAUUCAUCCGCCAAGCUGCUUCUGCGAAAACUUCGGCAUCUUUGGUCUUGAAUUCAAAACUUAAGAGAAUGGCUUCUUCAAAGAGGAUUUCCUCUAUGUAA